AUGCAGAGGCAGCAGAGGGCGGAAGACCAAGAGACCCCUGGCAGCACAGAGAACAUACAGGUGACCAGGGCUGGAGGAGGGGCCACUACUACCACAAGCUACUGUGCCCAGAAUCCCCUGGAUAUAGGACUGCCUCCGCAGAAGCCUAAAAGACAGCUCACUCGAGAUCCAGAAGAGGGGAAGGGCGACAGGACGCAGAAGGGGAGGCUGCAGCAGCACACUGCCCCGCUGACCCAGGCAGAGCCAGGAGCGGCCACGGCCACAGGGGUUGAGCAGACCUCACCAAAGGCCAAGGAGUUCAAGGGCUUUGUGGCUACUCGUUCAGUGCAGUCAGGCCCAGGUGCUGGGCCCCAGAGGUGUAAAGGCCUUUCCAACCUCUUUCCCCGAGGCAGCUUUGCAGACGAGAACAUGCUACUCCUGACGCCCCGGCAGCUGGCAGCGUUCCAGGAUAUCUUCAAACUGUUCAGCUCCAGCCCAACAGGCACUGUGGACAUGCGCAGCAUGAAAGCUGCCCUAAGCAACGUGGGUAUCCAACUGAGCCCACGGGAGAUGUGUGAGGCUCUGCAGCAGGCAGACUUGGAUGGUGAUAGAACCGUAAGCUUCAAAGACUUCCUGGGUGUCCUCACCGACAGCCACCGCUUGGCUCAGUGCUUGAGCCAGGUGAGGAAUAGCCAGGGCUGUGACCAGCAGCGCCUGCAGACCCUGUUCUUCGAGAUGCUGUUCAAGCUGAUGAGGCUGGGCUUUGUGCCCUACAAGUCAACGCAGGAGGUGAUGAGCUACUACUCCAAGAAGCAGCGGGCUCUGCGGCUGAACUCAAGCUGCAAAAGCUGGUCCCGCGGCCAGGACCACUCCGCCAGGGCUCGAGUGGGCCUCACCUUCUUCUGCCAGGCCACACGCCUCAGCGGCCUCACCAGCACCCAGCUGGUGCGCUCGCUAAACAGAUUGCACAAAACGGGUGUGCCCAGCCCCUACUCUCAGAUACCUAAUCUGGCCGAGCAGACGCUGCCAGAACACAAGACGCGUAAUCCGGUGCCAUGCUCUGAAGUCCGACUUUCCAAGUUCUACCGCCCCUACCGCCCCUACCGCCCCAGCCACCCCAAACCCAAUCAGAAGAUGCGCAGCCAAGGAUUCGUGGAUCAGCCACUAGAGAAUAUAAGCCCCUGGAAGCUGGCUUCCUCUCCGCCAACUCUAGUGCAAAAGCAGCCCUUCUCCCCUUCGCCAAUCUGUUUGCAAGGGCCUGCGAAGAAGAACUUGUACAAGUAA